CUUGUGUGUAAAAUAUCCGUUCAAAUUGACGCUAGCCUCGCCAUCUCUGUUUCGAUCAAAAAAGACGCGGCCAUUGAAAUACGCCCUCACAGGACAUUCUUGGAGUUAAGGGUGUGCAUAUUUAAAGUAGCACUCCUGUGUGAUCCAAGAUGAGUGCUACUUUUACAGAAGCCCCGACUAUUAAGUUGGAAGAAACGGGUGAAAAUGUCACGGAAAUUCAAUCUUACUUAGCUGGAUUUCAGAAAGAAAUCGUCGAAUCUACCAUUCAGCCAGGAUCAGGUACCGAGAACGAAAAUGAGCAAGAAGAAGGCACUUACUUCGUGGACCAAGCGGGCCACUACUAUUUCCAAGCGAAGGGUUCCACUCAACCCGUCAUGACCGUUAUGCCCGCUAUAAGUUCCACUAGCGAUCCUGACGAUUUCGUCAUUAACCAGGAAAAUGACGAGGAAGGAGAAGACUCGGAAGAUCCAAUUAUACAACAAGGAGAAAACAACCAAAUCCUGAUCAAUUCAGGAAACGCCUAUCAAAGGGUGACCGUCGUACCGACUGAUAACAAUUCCGGCGAACUCAGCUAUGUGCUUAUCGUACAGGAUCCUUCCGAUUUGAAGGAAGGUGAACAAAGUGACGGAGAACAAGAUAUGGCAGUGUACGAUUUCGACGAAGCAGAAGAAGCGGAAAUGCUGGACUCUGACACGGAAGACGACAAGAGUAAAAUAGUGAAAAUCCUGCCGCGAAAAUCGCAAGUGGUGGCACAGGCGCACAUGUGCAACUACUGCAACUACACCAGUCCGAAACGGUAUCUUCUAUCGAGGCAUAUGAAGUCUCACUCGGAGGAGAGGCCACACAAGUGUAGCGUGUGUGAAAGGGGGUUCAAGACAUUGGCGUCGUUGCAGAACCACGUCAAUACGCAUACCGGAACCAAACCGCACUCUUGCAAGUAUUGCGAUGCCGCUUUUACCACUUCGGGCGAACUGGUGCGCCACGUACGAUAUCGACAUACACACGAGAAGCCCCACAAGUGCACCGAAUGCGAUUACGCUAGCGUGGAAUUGUCGAAAUUGAAACGCCACAUCCGUUGCCAUACGGGCGAGAGACCCUACCAAUGUCCACAUUGCACUUACGCCAGCCCGGAUACGUUCAAAUUGAAACGCCAUCUCAGGAUACACACUGGAGAGAAGCCGUACGAGUGUGACGUUUGCCAUACGAGGUUCACGCAGUCCAACAGUCUUAAAGCUCACAAACUUAUACAUAACAUCGGAGACAAGCCGAUUUUCCAGUGUGACCUUUGUCCAACGACGUGCGGACGUAAAACCGAUUUACGCAUUCACGUGCAGAAAUUGCACACGUCAGAUAAACCGCUCAAGUGCAAGAGAUGCGGUAAAUCGUUUCCAGAUAGAUAUAGUUAUAAGCUCCAUAACAAAUCACAUGAGGGCGAAAAGUGCUACAAAUGUGACCUCUGUCCAUACGCUUCGAUCUCGGCGCGCCACCUAGAAUCCCAUAUGCUUAUCCACACCGAUCAGAAACCAUUCCAGUGUGAUCAAUGCGAUCAAUCGUUUCGCCAGAAGCAGCUGCUCAAGCGUCACCAAAAUCUCUACCACAAUCCCCACUAUAUCCCGCCACCUCCCAGGGAGAAGACGCACGAAUGCCCAGAAUGUACGCGGGCGUUUCGACACAAGGGGAAUUUGAUCAGGCACAUGGCUUUGCACGAUCCCGAUCCAACGAUACAGAGGAAGCAGCUCGAGUUGAAAUUGGGCCGGCAAAAGAAGAUCCAAAUGAUCGACGGGCAACAGGUUGAAGUGAUGCAAGGCAUGGGUUCGGAGGACGAAGAAGAAAUCGAUAUGAUGGCUGUAGAAGGUUCGGACGGGCAACAGUAUGUCGUUUUGGAAGUGAUACAGUUGGGAGACGGCGAAGAACAAGCCAUGGUCGUUGGCGAAGGUGCUGGAGAACUAUUAAGCGAAAGCAUCCUACCUGACCACGAUCUGAAUGACGAGGAAGUGAUCAAAGCCUUACAGACAGCCCGAAGGGUGACGAAGCAGGAGCUGGAGGACGAAGAAGAGGAAGAAGAUGAAGAGGACGAAAAGAAAGUUUCGGCGACUGAUAUGCAAAACUGUUUCGGUUUUGACGAAGACGAGGAGGAUGAGGAGGAAGAAGAAGAUGAAGACGAUGAUGAUGAAAUUGGUAUGAGAGGAAGCAAAGAAACCAUCACCAUCUUGGGUGGCAUGAAUUAGGAGCAAAUGAUACAAAAUAAUUUUUUAAUUUAUCAAUAAUAAUUAAUAUAAUAAUUUUUAUGUUCAAAUAAUUAUCGAGUAGUUGGAUUUAUUACUUAUUAGUUUUUUUAGUCAUUAAUUUUUAUGAUUUUCCUACUCACCCUGUAAAUUUUUGUACAUAUUAAUCUACAUGUCGCGCACCUUUUUAUAAUAUAUUUAGAUAGUCCUUUUUACUGGUAUGUAUAUAUUGAAAAAAUGCAGUUAUAGUUACGGUUAUGAAAUUUAUAGAUCCGUUGAAGAUUUUUAAAUCUGAAAUAAAAGAUUGGUUAUA